CUCUUGUCGUUCAAAUUCAGUUCGCCCUUUCGUUCAGCAAGGAUAGAGGGAAAAACAAGAGUUGCAUCCAACGAGUUGUCAGCGCUAGCAGCAACAUGACGUCCAUUACUUCAUAACCAAGAGUCACGACUACCAGAUACUUGCCCUUCCGAGACCUUCCGGCAAAUUUUUCACCCUGGCUGACGAUCAGCUCUCAGCGAGUAGGCCAGCGGAUCAGUGCAGCGAGUUUCGAUAGCGUGGCCCGAGCGAGAGUGGCUCGCGCUCGGUGGCCAGCGUAAAGUCGUGCUCUUACGGGUGCGUCUAUCUUAGUGCCUGCGUCAAGCAGCGCUGGGCCAUGGCGGACGACGAAUUGAACGAUGUGGUUACGAGCAGGAUGCUCAAGAACAGGAAAUAUGACCCUGAGAUCUCCGAUGCCUUCCAAUUUAAGAGGCCGCCCGAGUGUCCUGUGUUCACUCCGACUGCAGAAGAAUUCGAAAACCCUUAUGACUAUAUAGCAAAAAUCAGUGGCGAAGCCGUGCACACGGGCAUAUGCAAAAUCAGACCACCGAAGGGUUGGGAGCCCCCAUUUUGUGUAGAUGUGGACAACUUUAAAUUUACGCCCAGGGUUCAGCAAUUAAAUGAGCUUGAGGCUAAGACGAGAAUCCGAUUAAAUUUCAUCGAGCAAAUAGGAAAGUUUUGGAAUCUCCAGGGCACUCCUUGCACAAUUCCCAUGAUUGAUAAGCAUGCGGUGGAUUAUUUCACGUUGUAUGAAGCGGUACAAGCCGCUGGUGGUCUAUCUAUGAUAAAAAACAAGCAAUGGCUUGAGAUUUGCAAAACUUUAGGUUUUGCACCAAAAAAAUCAAUCGCCAUCAUUCUCAAGGACUAUUAUGAAAAAUACCUGCAUCCCUUUGACUUGUUUAAAAAGAGCAGUAGUUGCUCUUCAAAGGACAUCAAACCAGUCAAACGUGGAAGACCCAAGAAGAUUGUGCCAGAAUCAAUAGAGAAUUCGCCAUGCAAAGCUAACUCGCCUUUGAGCUCACCUGAGAAAGCACCUCUUGUCGAAGAAGCCAAGCUGCAGGAUUUCAAUUAUUUUGGAGGUUGCCACAAAAUGGCAGGUUUCAGGACACGCAAAAAAAGUCCAGAGAAGUUGGUGAAGAAGCCCAGGGGACGCAAGUCAAAAUACAACAACGAUCCACUUGCCAAAUAUGUAUGUCGGAAGUGUGACAAAGGAGACAAGGAAGACAAAAUGCUUUUAUGUGAUGGGUGCGAUGACAGCUAUCACACUUUCUGCUUGAUGCCUCCCCUUACAGAUAUUCCAGAAGGCGAUUGGCGAUGCCCAAUCUGUGUGGAAAAAGAAGUUUCAAAGCCUUUUGAGGCUUUCGGGUUUGAGCAAGCAAAGCGAGAGUACAGCUUGUAUGAAUUUGGAAAAAUGGCUGAUGAAUUCAAAUGCCAGUAUUUCAACAUGCCUGUUCAUACUGUUCCCCUGGAUUUGGUUGAGCGAGAGUAUUGGAGGAUUGUUGGCACUAUCGAUGAGGAUGUGACGGUCGAGUACGGUGCAGACCUUCACACUCUUGACCAUGGUUCUGGUUUUCCCACUCAAAAGUCUCACAACCUCUCAGGACCUGAAAUGCCGUACGUUAGAAGUGGAUGGAACUUGAACAACUUGGCUGUACUCGGUGAUUGUGUUUUGUCUCACAUUGAGGCAGAUAUCUCUGGAAUGAAAGUGCCGUGGAUGUAUGUUGGCAUGUGCUUCUCGACCUUCUGCUGGCACAAUGAGGACCACUGGUCAUACUCGAUCAAUUACCUGCACUGGGGCGAACCAAAAACCUGGUAUGGUGUGCCAGGAGCUUCUGCUCCAGAAUUUGAAGAGGCGAUGAGGAGCAAGGCACCAGAGCUCUUUGAGAACCAGUCAGACCUUCUUCACCAACUUGUCACAAUUAUGAAUCCAAACCUGUUGAUGGAGAGAGGAGUGCCUGUCUACCGGACUGAUCAGCAAGCUGGAGAAUUUGUGAUCACUUUUCCUCGUUCUUAUCAUGCUGGAUUUAAUCAAGGGUACAAUUUCGCCGAGGCCGUCAAUUUUGCACCUCCUGAUUGGCUCACUUUGGGGCGAGAAUGCAUCGAUCAUUAUGCUGAGCAACGGCGCUACUGUGUCUUCUCCCACGAUGAACUCGUUUGCAUGAUGGCAACGAAGGUUGGCAAACUUUCCAUCCCGAUGGCGCUUGCCGUGUGUAAGGACAUAAAUGAGAUGGUCAGAAAAGAGCUGUUGUCUCUAAAGGAAGUUGCUCUCUGUGGCAUCAAAAGCAAGGAACAGGUUCCAUUUGAGACAAUGACCGAUGAUGAGCGGCAAUGCAACGUUUGCCAAACAACGCUGUUCCUCUCAGCAGUUGUGUGUAAGUGCAACAGUAAGAAACUGUCUUGCCUCCGUCACUUCAAGCAGCUAUGCAAGUGCGAGGCCUCCAAGAAGACCUUGCAAUACAGAUACUCUGAGUCUGAAAUGACAGACCGCGUGAAAGAAAUCAAGCUCUCCCUAGAGGACUACAUGGUUUGGUUCAAGAAAAUUCAAGAUAUUGUGUUUUUAGAAAGAUUGGACAAGCCAGAGCUCUCGGAACUUAUUGAGCUAGACCAGGAGGGCAUCAAACGAAAGUACCCUCGAAACUCGACCUACCUUGCUUUUCAGGAGGCAAUCAUUGAAGGGAAAGCUACAGUCAAUUUAUGUGACCAGCUUAUAGCUAGGAGAGACGCUCAAGGACUUGGAGACUUUCCGGAAAUCGACAAGUUGACGGAAAAUGAUCUGAAGGAGUUGGCAUCAAAGGCUCCAUUUUUGUGCUGCAAAGUGGCCCACAGCUACAUCUUGAAUGACACAUUGUCUGAGGUUGAAAAGUUCCACGAAGUUGCUAACAGGAUCCUCACUUCAAACGAGGAAAUUUCCACCAAAGAGCUGCAAGCUAUUGUAAAGAAGGGCACAGACAUGGUAGUGUGGCUGGAGGAAAUGCCGCAGCUAGAGCAGAAACUGAAACAAGCACAGUGGUUAGACAGAGUUCAUAGCCUUGAGAGUUGUAGCCCUCCUAGCACAGAAAGUGAAGUGAGGGAUCUCCUCAGCGAAGUUGGAAAGUUACUUCCAACACCAGCAGUUGAAAACUCCAUAGUUUUGCUGACACAGCUCUUAGAGCGAGUGAUGUCUUGGAAUCGAACUGCUAAAACUGGUCUGAACAACAAGCCUACAAUAAAAAAGCUUGAGAAACUAGUCAGCGAGGCAGAGUCCAUCCCAGUACACCUGCCUGACCUCUCCUCUGUGAAGGACAAUGUUAAGAAGGGUCGAGAGUGGAUGAAUAAAUACAGAGCCUUGAAGUUAAUGGAAUCGCACCCGUACCUUGAGCAGAUAGAGGCUUUGGUCAACGUCGGGCGUAACCUUCAAGUUCACCUUGACCCACUGGGCGCUGCUGAAGAUGAUGCCAUCAAGGCAAGAAGUUGGCUGGAGAAGGCCAGUCGCAUUUUCCUCAAGAAGAAUUCGCAGCUCAAGCUGAUUGAUGCUCUGAACCCGAGGAAGGUUGUCGGCAUCCAGAACAACAAAGCCAAGAAGAAGAAGCCCGAGUUGAACAGUGAAAAGAGUGUAGAAGACCAACCUCUGGACAACAAGGUCAUCUUUACCAACUUCCAGGAGUCUAAGCAGAAAGAAAUCCAGCUGAUGCUAGCUUUGAGAGAGAGAAAUAUUCUGAAGCGCUCUAAGGAUGCCAACGACGCUAAAUUUUGCUUCUGUAACAAGCCUUGCUCAGGGAUCAUGCGCGAAUGCGACCUUUGCAAGGAACUAUACCACAACAAGUGCUUGUUGACGAGCAAAAUGACCGUAAAGGGCAGAUCGGCUAUGGUGCAGCAAGCUGGAGAAGCAAACUCAAAGUUUCUCUGCCCGAACUGUCUCCGCUCGCGGCGGCCAAGGCUGGAGACAGUGCUGCCCCUGCUGGUGGACUUGACCACCUUCCCGGCACGACUUCAUGAGGGAGAAGCGCUCCAGUGUCUCACAGAGAACGCAAUUCAGUGGCAGGAACGUGCUAAGGGCGCAUUGGCCAACGAUGAGGUCGCCUCCGCGCUGGCAAAGCUUUCUGUCUUGAACCAAAGAGUCAUGGAGGCCGAGGCCAGACGCAAAACAGAGCGAAUCAUCAACAGCGAGCUGCAGAAGGCAGCAAACAAUCCUGAGCUGCAGAGCCAGCUGCCGCUCAUGACUCCCAAGGCUACCUUUGAUGAACCGCUUAGUGUCGAGAACACCAACAAUUUAACCAAGGACGAGAUUGAAAUGGAGUUCAACGCAGACAAGCUAAAGGGUUCUAACAACUCUGACCAUGCAUACUCAAGCAUGAACGCCGCUCGCGUGAAGCAGAGCAGGAAGUCUCCGCACAUACCUCGGCACCCUCAGUCAACAGUGCAUCUUCAGGAGAGCACUCGCACCAUGCUGGAGAACCUAAUGAUGGAAGGUGACCUGUUGGAAGUCUCUCUUGAUGAAACCCACCACAUCUGGCGAAUCCUCAAUGCCAGCAACCCAAGCCAAAAGCAGAUCUGUUACGAUAGAGUUCCUGAAGCUAACGAAAGCAAGCCCAACAUUGAUUCAGCUGAUCUACUUGCCAAGCCAAAGGGUAAACCCAGGAAGAAAGAUACGGAAAUGAAGAACAAACUGAAAGUUGUCAUUGGAGGCCCAAAAGAAAAGCUGCCCAAGAGGCAGAAGUUGAUCAAGCGUAAGGUUGAAUCGGAGGAGGAAGACAUUAAGCCUGCCAAGAAGUGGAGGAGGAAUAAGUUGAAGAACUCGUCUGCCAGCGACAACGAAACGGAGGCUGAUGAAUUGUGCAAUUCAGAGAAAUGCGUUCGCCCUAGCGGCGAUGAAGUAAACUGGGUCCAGUGUGACGGCUGCACUGCGUGGUUCCAUCUGGUGUGUGAGGGCGUUGGCAAGAGUGAAAUCAAUUCCACUGAUGAGUACAUUUGUCGCUCGUGCAAUAAGCUCGCUCUCUCCUGCACGAAUGACUUGGUCUUGGAGCCGAAGAGCGAGAUCAAAGAGGAGGAGUUGACGAGCACCAAAGUGGAGUGGACAGACUUAGGAGUGUGACGCAGUAUUUAAUUUUGACCGCCCUUUCACCUGUAAUUUUGCCAUGCUAGUAGAUUUCCGUUGAAGCGCUGUGACACUUAAUUAUUUUCAUCACAUCAUUAAGUAAUGCUAUGCUGAACAAGAAAUAAUUUUACCAUUCCACACAAGUGCAUGAACCACUUUCAAACUUGAUUGCAAGUUUUCUCGAGCUGUACCUCAUUCUUACUAGUAACUUUAGUCCAGCAUAUUCAAAAUACAGAAAAUGGUGUAAAUAUUUA